AUGUACAUAUCAAAACAGACUCGUCGGGUUACCUUUCAUGCCAAUCCAAUUUUAUUGCACUUGAACGCAAGAAUAGCCGAUUUGACGACCAAGUCACGACGAGACUAUUUUCCAGAAAAGAGCGGCAAAUGCGAAAAUGAUGGCUCGAGGACCGUGACGAUAUGCCUCGAGGCUCACACCAGCUAG